AUUAUUUCUAAUUUUUUUGUUCCUAUUAUUGUUAACGGAGUACUCAUUAUUUUAAAAAAGUUAUUGUUAUUUAAAUAUUAAUAUAAAUAUUAAAAAAUAUUUGAAACCAAAAUCCAUAAUUCAUCAUAAUAAAAUCAGCAUAAAAAAUUUAUCUGGAUCAAUUGAUUAAAUUAUUGAAUGAAAUGAAAUUUUUCAUAAUAAAUUAUUAACUAAAAUUAAAAAAAAAAGUUAUUCAGAGUUCACGAUGUCAGGAUAUGAAUCCACGUGGCGGAAUUUAUCAACAGCAGUCCAAUUGGGUGAUUUAGCUCGAGUGAGAGAGUUAUUGAGAACAGAAGAUGAGUUAUCUGACUUGAGUACUUGGACCGACAGUUAUACUUUACUUCGUGACGCAAUAGCCGAUGCAGAACUAGAAAUAGUCGAGUGUCUUUUAGAGAACAACGCUACAGUUAAUCGCAGGGGUAAGAAAGCAACAGAUACUCCUCUUCAUCUAGCCGUUCAUAUUGGAGACCCUGAUCUACUAAACUCCCUGCUAGACAGAGGCGCCAACGUAACUGCAAGAGGUAAAAAUAAAAAAACUCCAGUGCAUAUCGCAGCGGAGUAUUCAAACAUUGAAAUCCUCGAAUUAUUAAUCAGCAGAGGGGGUAACAUUAAUGAAAAAGAUCAGCAUGGGUUGACUCCUCUGUGCUUGGCUUUAAAAAAAGGCAAAUUAGAAAUGGUCGAUUACAUUUUGAACCACGAAAAGUACAAUGCUGGUUCAUUUAAUCAUCCAUCCAAAGAAGCCGACACGCAGUUGCAUUUUGCUGUCACCAGCGGCAACGAGGUACUCGUGCGCUAUCUUAUAGAUAAAGGAGCUCAAGUAAAUGCUCAAGGCAUUGAUAAAAAAACUCCGCUCCAUAUUGCAGUGCAAGAAAAUCUCGAAAAAAUUGUCGAAUGCCUUUUAGACAAUGGCGCUGAUAUAAAUUACACUUGUUCUUAUUGUGGGGAGGAAGAAUGUACGGCUUUGCAUAUCGCUGCUGAUAUAAGCAAUGAAACAAUAUUAGAAUUACUGUUGAGUAAAGGAGCGGACAUCAAUGCCGUCACUGCCAAUGGUAUCAAUCCACUUCAUGUCGCUGCGUGUAGAAAUAAUGUAGAGUGCGUUAAAAUUAUUUUAAAUAAUAAUAGAGAUGUCGAUUAUUUAGCCAGAACGACCGCUGAUGAAGGAUUUACUCCACUGCACUUUGCUUGUAUUUUUGGCUGCCAUGACGUAGCCGAAUUCAUUUUGAAUAUCAAUGCUGAUAUAAAUAUUUUUUCAUACGAUAAUUCACUGCCUAUUCAUAUCGCCGUUUCUAAAGGACAUGAUAAAGUAGUCGAGCUUCUCUUAAAUCACGGCGCUAAUGUUGAUUCUCUGUUUGACAAUACGUUAUGCCACAAAACUCUUUUAUUCACAGCAGUAGUGAACGGAGAUUUUAAAAUAGUCGAGCAUCUUCUUAAAUUUUCACCCGAUAUCACUUACAAAUGUAAUAUUGACUCUUUGAAAGUCGCGAUUCGUAGUUUUAGAGACGAGUCCAAGGCAAUUUCCGAAGCGCUAUUGGAUUACGGAUUCAAACUUGACUUUGAUGACGUCGAUAGCGGGCAGCUGAUAUACGUUGCAGUAGAAAAAGGACUCGUGGGUAUUGUCAAAGAUGUUAUCAAAGCCGGUAUUAAUAUCACAGAAUUACGAGACUCGACGUUUUUAUCUCGUGGAUUUACUCUUUUGCACAGCGCAGUAAUAAACAAACAUUUGGAAAUAGUUAAGCUGUUAAUUGACAAAGUUGACAUUAAUACCAAAGACGGGUUCGGAUUGACUCCGAUAUCUUAUGCCGUUGAAAACAAUGACAUUGAUAUGGUCAAAUUCAUUCUAGACUACAAUAAUCUCGAUGAUCUGUCAAAGUGUCAGUUGUUGUUUGGCGCUACGAAGAAAUCGAACAAAGAAAUAAUUGAAUUAUCUUUACAGUACGGUAUUGAUGUAAACAUGACUGAUGAAAGAGGCAGAACAGCCCUACAUGUUGUUGAUUUGGGUAAAUAUGAAUCCCAAGAAGAGGAUUCUGCAAGAGGAGAGAUAGCAAAGUUACUGAUAAGCAAGGGCGCUAAUGUCAAUGCGAGAACAAAUGACAAUGACACGGCACUGGCUUACGCCGUCUUGCAUCAAAACCCGUAUGUUGUUGAAGCCCUCCUGUUGCACGGGGCAAGUAUUGAUGAUUUGACCUCGUCUGGUGAUACUUUACUGCAUAUGGCGGCAAUAAAAGGAAAGACUGAAGUAAUUCGACUACUUGUUCAACAUGGAUUUGUAGUUGAUAGUCCCAAUAAUAAAGGGAUCACGCCGCUGCAUUUUGCGGUGGAAAAUAAUAAUGAGGAGGCAGUGAUAUGUCUGAUAGAAUACGGCGCUGAUGUUAAUGGGAUAAACAAAAAAUCUGGUCGGACGGCACUUCAUCUUGCUGUUGAAAAAAAUUUGUCGACUAUCGUUAGAGUUUUAUUGAAAUACGGCUCUGAUAUCAAUAUCGUUAAUUCUUACAAUCAGACCCCGCUUUCUUGCACCACUAAUGCAAGCUGUCUUUUUGAAAUUAUUCGGGAUCUUAAAGAACAUGUCAUAAAAUUAAAAUGCGCUAAUUUUCAAGUCAAUGAUAAUGAUCUCAAUUUAGUUGAUACAUUUAUCGAUUCAAAUGAUUUUUACAGUAAUUGUCUGAAAGAAAUUGAAAGCAUGGGAGUUAAAAUUAUUGAUAGCAAUAGAUUGACAUAUAGGAAUAUUUUGAGUACAAGUAUUCAAAAGUUAUCAGUUUACGCUAAAAAUGAUGAAAUUUCAAAGAGUUUGAAAUCAGAUGAUUGUAAAAGUAAAUUUCCACUCUACUACGAUUUGUUGGUAAAACGGUUUGAUGAAGGAGUAGAGCGAGAAAAAAUACUGCAGACACUUGAUGAUCAUCUGGAUGAUUUAUUUCCAGUUUCUGAUUAUUGCAUUGACGAAAUAUUUUGCUAUCUCUCUAAUGAUGAUUUGAAAUUGUUGAGGGAAGCGUGCAAUCCAAAUAAUCAAUUUUAAUGCUGGUAAUUAAAAUUCCAUUAAUUGUAGUAGGAAUUUAU